GGCCGCGGUGCUGAGCGGAGUGGAGGCGCUGGCACUCUCUUCUCACACGCCUCGCCGUGCCGCUCUAGGGGAAUCAACACAUUUUUAACAACAAAAGGCCGCGCUUGCGGCUGCUUUAGUCCCAUCACCGGCGCGGGAGGGCGGCCUGGGCACGUACCCGGCGCCGCCUCGCCCUGUCUCCCGCCCCGUUCCCACAGGGGCUCCCCCCCUCCCGGCAGCAGCCAUGUGUCUGCUCAAGUGCGAUUAACACCGACUUGCCAACUCCCCACCCCCCGGGCCAUUUGGGGCAUGCACGCGCCCGCGCCCCGUGUUUACACAGCGGAGCCUUUUUGUCGAUGGCGCUGGCAAAUGAGCCGGGGGAGGUCUGUGCCCUUCUGGCGACCCUGGGUGCCCGUGCCGGACGAGGUGGGACAGCGGACCGGCCCCAGACCCACCGCGCAUCGCAGCCCCUGCGGGCUAGCGGAAGCCUCCCAAAAGCUGGCGCAGUACACGCACCCCGUCAGACUAUUUUGGCCCAAAUCAAGGUGCUAUGAUUACUUAUAUCAGGAAGCCGAAGCACUUCUGAAAAACUUUCCAGUUCAAGCUACGAUUUCCUUUUAUGAAGACUCAGAUAGUGAAGAUGAUGAAGAUGAACUGGAACAUGAUUCAAGAACAGAAUCAGAUUGCUGAUUGCAGGGAAGGCCAACACAACUUCUAAGACUUAAUUUGAACUUAAUAUAAAAUUGUAUUAUAGUAUUUUUAAAGAUAAUUUAUUUGUAUGUAAGUUAUUCUUAAUAAAAUGGAAAUGUUUUGUAAUUUUA